CCUAACAAACAGGAUUCAUCUGAACAUCACUAUGAAGCUGAUCUUUUUUCUGACUGUCAUCUGGGCUCUCUACAGCAAAGCUGGGGCUCUGCAGUGCAUCACCUGCACGAAUCAGGCAUGUUCAACCACAGCACCACUAACAUGUGGCUCAGAGACGAUGUGCAUAACAGCUACCAUUAAAGGAACUCAGUCUGGAGUUACAGGAACACAAAUCUACAAAGCCUGCGCACGAUCCUCUCUGUGUCCAAGCACAGGCACUCAGACAUUUUCAGUCAACUUGGGUUACCAAAGUGCAGUUGCAUCUGCAGUGUGCUGCAACACUGACAACUGCAAUUCACAAACUCUUCCUUCGCCACCUACACCGCUACUCAACGCCCUUCAGUGUGUCGUUUGUGACCCCACCACAUCUCAGUGCACCACUCCCAUCCCAUGUUCAGGAGAUGAGAGCAACUGUGUGACAGCAACUUUAAACGAUGGAACAAACACAAUUCCAGCGCUGGGAUGUAUUAGUCCAAACACUUGUGCAGCUGCUUCAAGUCUGGGUAGUUUGCCAUUCAUGGAGAAUGUUGGUUCGAUAACUAGUGGACCAACCUGCUGUUCAACAAGUUUGUGCAAUGAUCCAAGAACAACAACUACAACUGCUACCCCAACAACUACAACAGUGACACUAACUACCACAACCAUGGCACCAACAACUACAACAGUGGAUCCAACAUCCACAACUGUUGCACCAACAACAACAUUGGCACCAACUACAACUAUGGCAACAACCACCCCAACUGUUGCACCAACCAGCACAACAUUGGCACCAACAACCACAACAGCUGCACCAGCAACCACAACAGUGGCACUAACAGCUACAACUGCUGUACCAACAACUACAACAGUGACACCAACUACCAUAACUUUUGCACCAACCACCACAACUCCAGCAACAACUACUGCUGCACCAAAAACAACAACUGCACCAACCACCACAACUGCUGCACUAACAACCACUACAGCUGCACCAACAACUACAACAGUGGUAACAACCACCACAACUGCUGAACCUACAACCACCACUGUUGCACCAACACCAACUACAGCUAUGACACCCACCACCACAACUGUUGCACAAACUACCACAACGGCAAUACCAAUGACUACAACAGUGGCACCAACUACCACAACUUUGGAACCAACCACCACAACUGCAGCAACAACAACAACAAGUGCUGCACCAACAUCCACAACAGCUGCACCAGCAACCACAACAGUGGCACUAACAACUGCAACUGCUGUACCAACAACUACAACAGUGACACUAACUACCACAACUUUUGCACCAACAACUACAACAAUGGCAAAAACCACCACAACUCCUGCAUCAACCUCUACAUCUGCUGCCCCAACAACUACAACAACUACAACAGUGGCAAAAACCACCACAACUCCUGCAUCAACCUCUACAUUUGCUGCCCCAACAACUACAACAUUGACACAAACUACAACUGUGACAGCAACCACCACAUCUGCUGAACCAACAACCACAACGGCUGUGCCAACAUCAACACCAACUACAACUGUGACACCAACCACCACAUCUGCUGCACCAACAACCACGACUGCUGUGCCAACAUCAACACCAACCACAACUGUGACACCAACCACCACAACUGUUGCACCAACCAGCACAACAUUGGCACCAACUACCACAACUGUUGCACCAACCACCACAACCAUCAAACCAACAACUACAACAUUGGCACCAACUACCACAACUGUUGCACCAACCACCACAACUGCAGCACCAAUCACAACUGCUGCACCAACAAUGGCACAAACUACUGCAACUGUUGAACCAUCUACCACAAUGGCUGCACCAACCCCCACAUCUGCUGCACCAACAACCACGACUGCUGUGCCAACAUCAACACCAACCACAACUGUGACACCAACCACCACAACUGUUGCACCAACCAGCACAACAUUGGCACCAACUACCACAACUGUUGCACCAACCACCACAACCAUCAAACCAACAACUACAACAUUGGCACCAACUACCACAACUGGUGCACCAGCAACCACAACUGCAUCACCAACAACAACAACAUUGACAUCAACUACAACUGUGACACCAACCAGCACAACUGCUGCACCAACAACCACAACUGCUGCACCAACAACCACAACAGUGGCACUAACAACUAAAACAGUAGCACCAACAACUACAAAAGAGGCAACAACCACCACAACUGCUCUGCCAACCUCUACAUCUGCUGUCCCAACCACCACAACAUUGGCACCAACUACCACAACUGUUGAACCAACCACCACUACUGCAAUACCAACAACUACAACCGUGGCACCAACUACCACAACAAUCACACCGACAACUACAACAGCAGCAACAAGCACCAUGACUGCUGUAACAAAAACUACAACAGUGACACCAGCAACCACAACUUUUGAACUAAUCACCACAACUGCAGCACCAACCACCACAACUGCUGCACCAACCUCUACAUCUGCCGCCCCAAACACUAUAACUGUGGCAACAACUACCACAAAUGUGGCGCCAGCAACCAAUACGGCUGCACCAACAACAAAAACAUUGACACCAACCACAACUGUUACACCAACCACCACAAGUGCUGCACCAACCACAACUAUAAUGGCAACAAUUACGACAACUGUUCCAUCCACUACAUCUUCUACCCCAACAACCAAAACAGUGGCACCAACAACCACAACUGCUGAACCAACAACAACAUUGGCACCAACUACAACUGUAGCUCCAACCACAACAACUGCUGCACCAACCACUACAGCUGGUGCCCCAAAAACUACAAUAGUUUCACCCAAAACCACAACAGCUGCACUAACAACCACAGCGGCUACAAGGACAACAACAACUGCUGCACCAACCACCACAACACUGGCACCAAUUCCGACAACUGUUGCACCAACCACCACAACGGCUGCACCAACCACUACAUCUUCUGCCCCAACAACUACAACAGUGUCACCAACAACCACAACUGCUGCAUCAACAACAACAUUGGCACCAACUACAACUGUGGCUCCAACCACCACAACUGCUGCACCAACCACUACAACUGCCCCCCCAACAACUACAACAGUCGCACCAACAACCACAACUGCCGCACCAAUUGCCACAACUUCUGCACCAACCACUACAACAUUGGCACCAAUUACGACACCAGCUACACCAACAACCACAAAGGCUGCAAUAACAAGAACAACUACUGCACCAACAACUACAACAUUGGCACCAAAAACCACAACUGCUGCACCAACCACCAAAACUGAUGCGCUAACCACAUCUGCUGCUCCACCUUCCCCAACUGUGGCGCCAACUGCAACAGCGGCAUCAACAACCACAAUGGCUGUACCAGCAACUGCAACAGUAGUGCUAACUACAACAACAGUGGCACCAGCAACCACUGCAACAGUAGCACCAGCAACUACAACAGGGACACCAGCAGCCACAUCUACAUCAUCCAUGGCAUCCCAGUCAGCCACCACCAGUAGUGCUUCCAGCGUCUCCAUGGGAACACUUCAUCUCUUACUUUUAUUAACUGUGGUCUUUCUGUAAAAAUCUUUACAAAAUUAAAAGCAUUGCAUAAAUUGUAAUUAAGAAACGAUUAGUCACAAAUGUAACAGAAGUAUGUUUUCGACCUAUUAUGUGUUCCUUUGAUUGAUUUUAUUUAGUGAAAUGGCGUGCUCAAAGAUCAUCCUGCACAUUUUGAGUAUUUUUGGCUUAACCUACUUCUUUGAAGCAGGAUUCUCCACCAUGACAAUAAUCAAAAAAAAUAUUGAUCCAGGCCCACCAAUGAGCACCUUGG